AUGUACCGACAAGUGAGCGUCGAGCCUAAACAGCGUGACCUACAAAUGAUACUCUGGCGCGAUAAUCCAUCAGAUCCGAUACAAACUUAUCAUUUAAACACAGUGACUUAUGGCGAAGCCAGUGCCGCCUUCCUAAGCUGUAGAUGUCUGAAACAACUUGCUAAUGAAUGCAACGACCCCGACGUAGCUAGAACAAUAAAUAAUGAUUUUUACGUCGAUGAUUUGUGUACCGGUGAUGACAGCGCAUCAAAAUUAUUAAAAAUCUGUCACGAUACGGCUAAUGUUUUACAGUCAGGCUGCUUCCCUUUGCGCAAAUGGAUAUUUAAUUUUGACAACGAUUUAUCUAGUAGCGAAAUGGCCAAAGAGUUAUCACUAGGUGAAGAUAGUCAGUGCAAAACAUUAGGAUUAGGCUGGUACAAUCUUAGUGAUGAGUUGUAUUUUCACACAAAGUUUUCAGGGGGGACUGAGGAUAUAACUAAACGUAAAAUAUUAUCAGGUGCAUCUCAAAUUUUCGAUCCAAUCGGCUUAAUAAAUCCGGUGAUCACAACAGCAAAAACUUUACUUCAAAGUCUAUAUUUGUUAAAGCUGGGUUGGGAUGAAAUAGUACCAUUAAAUAUCGCACAAUCAUGGAUAUCGUUUGUAAAUAGUUUGUCGUCGCUCAAUGAAAUACGCAUACCACGUUAUGUAAUGGGUUGUAACAACACACGCAAAGAGCUUCAUAUAUUUACCGAUGCAUCUCAGGUAGCUUAUGGCUCGUGCGCAUACAUACGCACAAUUGAUAACAGAUCAGCUGUUACCGUAAGGUUACUUUAUUCCAAGGGCAAGGUCGCGUCGCUUCAACCAGUUAGCAUUCCACGGCUGGAGCUCUCGGGAGCAUUAGUAGGCGCACGACUUUAUCACAAGAUAAUUAACUCGCUCAGAUCGAAGUUCGAUAACGUCGUAUUUUGGACUGACUCAACUAUAGUAUUAGGAUGGCUACGUAUGCCAUGUAACUUGCUGAAAACGUUUGUUCAAAAUAGGGUCGCGGAGAUUCAUGAACUUACCAAAGACAGUCUAUGUCAAUGGCGGCAUGUUAGUGGUAAAGAUAACCCAGCCGAUAUAGUAUCACGUGGACAAAGUUUAGGUAUGUUAAAAGAAAAUAGUCUUUGGUGGAAUGGCCCUACAUACCUACAUGACCCUCAGUUUGACGUAACGAGCUUGAAGGCACCGUUAGUACCUAAUCACACAGAGUUACCCGAAAUAAAGCCAACUGCCGUACAAAGUCAUGUAACACAACAAAAUAAUGAUGAGUCAUGGCUUGAUUUUAAUAGGUUUUCACAGUUUGUUCGCAUGCAACGAGCGGGUGCCUACGCCUUAAGGUUUAUUUAUAACGCGCGCAACAAAAUCAAAAGAAUAGGCCCGUUAUCAGUUGACGAACUUAAUGAAUCGCUCACAACACUGACAAAAUUAGCACAAAGGGAAUCAUUCUCCGACUUAUUCAAUAAAAAUGGUCUGUCAGUAUCUAAAUCAAAUAGUUUAUCGAAACUGAAUUUAUUCUUAGAUGAUAAACAAAUUAUUCGUGUGGGAGGUCGCAUACAGAACUCCUUAGAUUUUAGUUUUAAUAAAAAGCAUCCUGCCUUAUUAUCAUCUAAACAUUAUUUCACGCUGUUAUUGUUUAGACAUCAACAUAAACAACUGAUGCACGCAGCUCCGCAGCUUCUGUUGUACACCGUGAGGGAGGCGUGGUGGCCGGUCGCCGGCCGCUCGCUCGCGCGCCGCGUCGUGCACGCCUGCGUCACGUGCGCCCGCCUGCGCGCCCAGACACUACAACCCAUCAUGGGUAACUUACCCGCGCAAAGGUUACAACCUGGGUUUCCAUUCGAACGCUGUGGGGUAGACUACGCUGGUCCUGUGCUCAUAUUGAACCGUAGAGCACCUGCCACCGCCGACCUGCGAGACAAGCCGAUGCUGCGCCUCACACGCUACCAGAGAGUCGAGCAGAUCCGCCAGCACUUCUGGGCCAGGUGGUCCAAGGAGUACGUCUCGGAGCUGCAGCAGAGGAUCAAGUGGAGGACGAGCAGUGAGGACUUGAAGGAGCACACCAUGGUUCUCAUCAAAGAUGACAAUCUACCACCAUUGAAGUGGAGCCUGGGUCGCAUCACACGAGUCUACCCGGGCAGAGAUGGCAUAUCAAGAGUGGCCGAUAUCAGAACCGCCAAUGGGACUACACGCAGGGCAUUCUCCAAAAUAUGCCCGCUUCCUGUGGAUGACUGUUCCUGUUGA